AUGGUCACAACCACCCACCUGGUGGCAUACGACGACGACAACAGCAACACUUGCGGCAACAGCGGUAGAAACGAAAGAAGAGAAGAAAAGAUGGUGGCAACGGAUGUGCUCACGGUGGCCACUCGAUCUCGCCGGAAGGAAAGGCGGCCGCAAGAAAUGGAGAUGGCGAAAGUAAUGCAACAGUGGGAUGGUGGUGCGUCUUCAACCGAGAAUAGUGGCGGCUCCACCACGGGUUCGCUUCUCCGGCAGUAA